AUGGUGGUGGCCAUCUGGCUCUGCGCCGCCCGCCCUCUGUUCCUGCGCAGUGCCUUUUGUCGCUCGCCCCCUUUCAGUGUGUGCUCCCUUGCUUUGCCAUCUCCUCCCGCCGCCCUCUGCUCCGGCAGUGGCGGACCCUCUCUUGAUCUAUUCCCUUGCCUUGUUGCCUGCCCCGUUCGGGUCCUUCCCUCAUCCCUGCUCCCUCGCCUCUCAUCUCUACAAAGUGAAGAAAAGGCAAGAAAACAACUCCCACAAGGAGAUGCUCAAAUAUAUCCUGAUAUGCCUGCAUACCAUAGUAUUGCUGUUACGCUUGGUCGAGCUGGUCUUCUGAAGGAGUUAAUCAAGAUUAUUGAGUAUAUGAGACAGAAGCCCUCAAAGCGAAUAAUGAAGAUGCGGCGCAAGGAUUGGGAUCCUUCAUUGGAGCCUGAUGUACUUGUUUAUAACUCGGUGCUUAAUGCCUGUGUUCUAUCACAGCAAUGGAAAGGGGUAUUUUGGGUGUUCCAGCAAAUGAGAAUUAGUGGUUUACCACCUACAGGAGCAACCUUUGGGUUGUCCAUGGAAGUCAUGCUGAAAGCCAAGAAGUAUGACUUUGUCCAGAAGUUCUAUGAGAAGAUGCAGAAAAAUGGCAUACCUCCAAGGGCAAUAACUUACAAAGUGCUUGUAAGAGCUUUCUGGGAGCAGGGUAAAAUUAAUGAAGCUGUUGAAGCAGUCAAUGACAUGGAACAAAGAGGAGUUGUUGGAGCAGCAAGUGUUUACUAUGAAUUGGCUUGCUGUCUCUGCAAUAAUGGAAGAUGGAGAGAUGCUAUGUUGCAGGUUGAGAAGCUGAAACAGCUUCCCCUCACGAAACCCCUGGAGUACACAUUUACUGGAAUGAUCUUAGCCUCAUUUAAUGGUGGAUAUAUCUACGAUUGUAUCUCAAUAUUUGAGUCAAUGAAGGACCACUGCACACCAAAUAUUGGGACUGUGAAUGUCAUGUUAAAAGUUUAUGGACGUUGUGAUAUGUUUGGGAAGGCAAAGGACUUGUUUGAAACCACCAAGGCUUGUUUCUCAAAUUCUCAGACAUAUAUCCAUGAACAUUCGUCACUUAAAGCAGACACAUAUACAUACAGCUCUAUGCUUGAAGCAUCUGCCUCUGCUCAACAGUGGGAGUACUUCGAAUACGUGUAUAGAGAGAUGGCUCUGUCUCAUCACUGCCUAGAUCAAAGCAAAUAUUCAUGGUUGCUCAUCAAGGCAUGUAGAGCUGGAAAGUCAAAUUUGCUGGAGCAUGCGCUCGACUCGAUACUUGAAAGAGGAGAGAUCCCUGAUGUACAGCUGAUUACUGAAUUGAUAUGCCAGUCUAUUGCUCAUAGAGAUUAUGGAAGGACGCUGCAGCUCAUGAAUAUUAUGACUGAGGCUUCAAUAAAAAUGAAAGAAGUCGAGUGGGUUUACCUACUGCAGAAAAAUGUGUAUCAAUUCAACAUUGAUGCCCUUGAGGGCCUUAUAAAGUACCUCAGUACUAGUGGUACUAUCAAUGCUGAUCCUGCACUUGGUUUAGUAAGAGCACUGGAGUCCCAAUGCGGGAUAACUUUAGUGAAGGGCACAUAUUUGCUAACAGAUGAUACCGGUACUCAACAGUGUGGACUCUCUUUGCUUGAGAGUGAAGACAAAUAUGCAAGUAGCAGUCUGGCAGAACAAGAUCAGCUCACUUGCAAGAACGUGUGCACUGAUAUAAUUCUUGACGUCCCUGAUUCUGAUAGAGAGAUCCCUCAGUUAGGUGUCAGUGCUGUCAUGAGCAGGGACAUCUCAUUAAGCGGCCUACGAUUGGAAGACAAACACGAGCAUUCUGAUCUUGGGCAGCAGGGUCCACAGGUGUCUGCAAUUGACGAAGUACUUGAUUCCAUGAAUUCUUAUGGUGUCAAUUCAUAUGGAGAGAUGCCAUCAGCUUCAGAGAUUCUUGAGUUAUGGGAGCAGGAGAGGAUAAAUGGCAUGUUUUCUCCAAAAACAGAAAGCAGAACCACUCUUAUUAGAGGAUAA